CAAUGGAUGAGUCCCCACACGGGCCAGCAGGUUUCCGCCCUAGCAGAGGACGGAGGCCAAGGCUGCCCGAGGAACACCUGUGCCUCCCAGGUGCAAAGCUUGGAGGACACUUCCCCACUCCACCCCAUCCCCAAGCAUCCCUUGCCGAGUGCUCCUUCCCUUGAGCAGGACCAAAGGCCUCCUAGCAGCAGGACCUGUCUGCAAGUCCUGAUAGCAAGUCUAUCGGGACUGCUGCUGCAGAGAGAGCACCGUGACAGCACAGAGUGCUCCCAUCCUGAGCUGCCUGAGUCACAGCUGAGGUUGGAAGCUCAGAGCCCUCCCCGUGUCCUUCCUGCAGGGAGCCACGAGCACCCCAUGGCCCAGCGGAGGCUGCCCCCUUUGACUCUGCCAGUGCUGCCCACCAAAGCCACCCGAGGAGAGCCAGCACCCGGCGCCCUGUGUCCAAAGAGGUCAGAGUUUUCCCAAGCACCAUCCGGCACUCAGGGGUCAGCCAAGCUGCUCCGAAAACUCCGUGGGGAAGAAAGUCAAGCUGAGGAGAGUGAGGGAGACGGCAGGGCAGCAGGGAGCCGCAAGCACGCCCAGCGGAGGCUGCCCCCGGUGACAGUGCUGGAGCUGCCCACCGAUGUCGCCCAAGGAGUAGCACCGGGAGCCCCGCGCCCAAAGAGUGCACUACCAGCAAUUGAAGGGAGCUCUUCAAGGGAGGGCAAGAGGAGAACGCUGCGCCCGCGCAGGGAGAAAACUGAAAUUCCUGCUUGCAAAGACCAUCAGCGAGUAGGACAGGAGGUCUGCUACCUGUGUCUACAGCAAGAGCAACGUCGCCUGCAGGCAGCCAUGCUGGAGGAGAAGGAAAAGAAAGAAAGGGCUGAGCGGGCAGAGCUGCAGGACUGGCAGGCCAGGAUGGCAGCCCUCAGCCAGGUAGGGGGAUCUUGGCCCCACCAGCAGUGGUGUGGGCACGGGGCUGUGCAAGGCACAGAUGCUUUUUUCCACAAACACAAAAGAAAGAAGCUCAUUCCUCUGGCUUCAGGGCCAGAAAAAUGCAGCCCUUGACAAGCUAUGUGCUUGUCAGAGACGACAAGGCUGAGCGUGCAGUGCUGCACAGUGGUGGGCAGCAGCAGUUCUCUGGUGACACCUCAAGCCAAAAUGCUUUCCUUUUGUUA